AUGCCGAGUUCGUGUAAAGACCUGCGCCAGGCGCUGGCGGAAUGCCUGCAGGAGUCAGAGUGCAUUAUGAUCCAGCGGAACACGCCCCAGGAAUGUCUGCGCUCUCCCAACCUCGAGCAACUGCCCGUCAAAUGCCAGCAGCUGAAGAAGUGUCUCAGCGAGUGCAAACGAGGCAUGGUAGACAUGCGCAAGCGAUUCCGCGGUAACCAGCCCUUCCAGCUCGCCAAAGAGACAGAUAGUGCUACCGGCGAGGUCGUGGAGAAGAAAAAGCCUGUCCCGCAGCUCUACGGUGGACGACCGGCGUUCCAGGCCGUCCAGGCCGUCCAGGAGAUAAGUGGUGAUGAAGUGGUGAUGGAUCCUGAAAAGACGAGAGGCUUGUAA